CUAUAGCUAUCUUGACCGACGCCGAAGAAGAAGAAACCGUUGUAUCGUUUGCAGGGGGUUCGUUUUGUUUACGUUUGUAACGAAAUCUUCCGUUUUUCGUGCAACAAACUCUAUCGAUUCGGAACGGUGCGUCGCAAAAGAUAACUGUACAAUAAUAUUUAACCGUGGAAAAGUUCUUCCUACGUGUAGAAAACGUUUCAAACGUGCAGGAUAUUUGCAAGGAAAAAAGAACAACUCUUGCAACCAUGUAGAUCCAAUUUCGCAUUUCACAUCCGCUCGAACAAGAAAUAGGUGGUAUCGGAAAGUAGCGCAAAGAAGAAGAGUUGAAAGAAGAUCGAUCGCGGAGGCUGUGUUGGCUUCAUAAUUGACAGCUUUCUACACGAUCAGCAAAAAGGAAGGAGAGAAAAAAAUAAUAAACCCAUCGUCGCGCUGGCCAGUGAAAACUUUCUAUGAAAAUCGCCCUAAUGCAAAGUGGAUCCUAGGGUGUUGUGAUUGCAAAUGUUGCUCCCUGUUGCAGACGUUCGUCUGCAGCAUCCGCGCAAUGGAAUUUGCGCUCGGGAAGCACACGGUGACGUUUGUUGUUGUUCUUGGUUAAAUGGCACCAUCGUCAGUGGUAAUGGAAUGCGGACAGCAACAAAGGUAGCAGUGUAAUAAGGAAUAAUAUGAAUAAUAUUGAGAGGUACCAGCUAUGUACCAUCCUCCAAGCCAGCGUGUGGAAACAGUUUUGCUGUGUGUUUGUGUAUCGUAGUUGCAAUGUAGAUUAAUUCUGUGAGUGAAUCUGGCUGAAACAUUAAUGUUAUAAAACAAAACUCUCAAACAUUGAUAGUGGAUUGUGCAAGCAUUAACCUACCAUUAGCCAUCAUGCAUGCGGCUGGUGUGAGUGGUGUUGGUGGUAGCGGAGCCGCUCAUCGGCGACGAAAGAAACGAUCAAACUAUGGCAACCGAACGGUCGAAGUUAACCGUGGAACGAAUGGUUUUGGGUUCACCAUAUCCGGCCAGCAACCCUGCAUCUUGUCCUGCAUCGUAGCAGGAUCUCCGGCCGAUUUGGCCGGAUUGCGUGCGGGCGACUUUCUCAUCUCCGUGAAUGGGCUUAACGUAUCGAAAUUGCCACACGAAUCGGUAGUUCAGCUGAUCGGCACGACCCACGGUACGAUUCGUAUGGCCAUCGCUGAGAACUACUAUUCGGACAGUUCGGACGAGGACAUAAUGUUUCACGGUGCGCAACAGCAGCGCACCCGCCCUAAAUACCCGCAUAAGACUAAAUUCACGCGCGCAUCCGCGCAAGGCACCAUGGUAAACGGUGCCGGGAUGGGCGGAUGCAGUUCCAACGGUGCUUCGGAACGCGUCGUGGUGGCACCCGGUGCAAGCAGUCCGAUAAAGCCGCUAAUGCUGAAUGGGGAAAAUGGUCCGGACGAGUUGACGGUGAACGAUUCAUCGCCACCACCCGGCGGAUCAACGGCGUACAACGUCAUCCACAGUCCGAAUGCCAGCAACAGCUGUGAUAUUUCUAACGUAAGUGCAAUGGUGCGCUCGGUACAGCUUGGUACCGGUAGCGACGACCUGUCGCUGGUACGUCCGUCCGGUUCGGGACCGGGUCCGGGCCCGGAAGGUUUGCUGGAGUAUCAAGCGAUCGUCGGCUACCUCGGUACGAUCGAGAUGCCGAAACAGAUUGCAACCAGCUCCAAGCUGCAGACGGUUCGCAGCUGUAUCAGAAAAAUGCGUCAGGAAAAGCGCAACCCAACGACGGUGCUGAUGACGAUACUGCCCUCGUGUCUGAAUUUGACGAACACGAGCAACAAUUUGAUUGCAAAGUACGCAUCGGCACGUCUCAGCUACGUUAGCAGCAGUAGCGAAAGUGACAAUAAGUACUUCGGGCUGGUAACGUCGGCUAUUUACGCGGACGGGCUAAUGUGUGACAGUGCCGACGUGCUUAGCCAUCCCCGCAAAGACGUGGUGAUCUCCAACAGUUGCCACGUGUUUGUGAUCGAUGGGAAACUGGUGGAUCAUGAGAUCCACUUGGAGAAGGCGGCCCUCUUUCGGGUGAUCUGCACGAAAGAUCCCAUAACGAAUCUGUGUCUUGAGUUUCCCUCCAACUCAGAGUAUGUGGUCAAUUUGAUACGCAGCAUGUACAGCUUAAAAUCGCCCAUGAAAACGGAUGGCAGUACGGGAGGAUAUGGGAAGCCACCCGUAGCAAGAAGCUUAAACCUGGAGCAGGCAGCAGGAGCAGCACGUGGCUUUCCGCGCAAUCGGUCCGAUCCUCGACUGAACCCACGAGCUGGGAUGGACAUUGAUGCGCACGACAUGCUGGCAGCAAACUCUCCGCAACCGAGCAAUCACAGUGAAAUAACAACAACAUCGAGCAAUUCCGAUUCUGGGAUCGGAUUUCACAACGACUGUCGUAACAUUUCCGACCGGAUACUGUUGGUAGAUUUCCCCGGCAUGCUCGGUCCACAGCAGCAACGGUUGCUUCAACAGCAGCAGAUAGCGAACGUGAGGGCGCACUACAGAAAAUCGCAUCCAUUUUUACGUCCUGCAGGGAUAAUAAACGAAAUCCCGCCCAAAAUGGACCCAAUUAGGAACAUUCGCAGUAUGGGCGUUUCGGGCUGCUUGCCGGACGGUGCUAUGGCAGGUCCUUCACGAUCCGGGCUACAGAUCGCGCACGGUAAAUCAAAGUCAGCCGACUAUAGCUUUCCCACUUCGUCCGUUGGCUCACCAUUUGUCGAUCGGUUAACGGUACGAGCGAGACCCGAUCCGAAACCGUUCGCCUCGGAUCGGUCACCUUCGAAGGAGAAUGCUUUAAACUGUUUGCAGGAUGGCACGACACUGGAAUCGACGACCAUGGUGCCGGAAGCGGACGUCGAUUUGGUAGUUCAAGAUCGCUGGACGUGCGGACGAACGUUAGACGAGCAGGGAAAUGUGGUUGAAGAACGAGCUGUCGAUGUACCUCCGACGGAGGAGUUGUUUCUCGAUCUGGAACGCUACAAUAAUGACAAUGUUAAGAAUAGUCUUCUGGCCGCUCGUUCCUGUGACGAUAUGAUUCUGUCGCUUGGCAAAAAACCGACCCGAUCGCUUGCGGAUGGCGAUGAAGAUAUGAACGAUCAGAUGCUGCUCGACGCAGAAGCGUACGAACGGCUAAAAGUGAAGCUAUCGAUCGAUGAUUUAACACUGAUUUCCUCUGAACCUUCGGGCCCGAUGGGAGGAGUGCACGACGAUCGGUCCACUGUCCCUGCUGGCGUCAAUCAGCACGUAUUCCUACAGCCACUAAAACCGGUCAAACGUUCCAAGAAAGCUUGUACAACACACACCACAAAAUCUUCUUCAGGAAAACUGGCCGCAAUACAUGGUACGCCGAUGGGUACGGAAGAAAGCAUCGCUUCCACCAAUGGGCGCCGGGGCGGUGAUAAGAUGACAGCCUACAAACUUAGCCCGAAAGUGUUUGGUUUGCCGCGCCCCAUAUCGGUUAGCUUCGAGAACAUUUCCACGCUUUCCGGUACCGGGUGUACAGGCGGCGAGGGAGCACGCGAUAGUACCGGUGGUGUCGAUAAGCUGAGCGUAGGUGAUAUGUAUUUCGAUGCUGAUGACAGCGUUCGGUGUGGUUCGAACAAAAACACGCACCAGCUGGGCAGUGGAACUCCCGGUUCCGGACGAAAGAGCCGGGCAACGAAGCGAUUGAGUGGAGGCUUUUCAGCGAUCUGGGGAAGCCUGCAGGAGCUUCGAAGUGGAAGCUUCGGAAGCCAUGGUGCGAAAGGGGAAAGGGGGGAAGAUCGUGCGCAGAAGCCAGAGCAUGGCAAAGCGUCCACGUCGGAAGUGUGUGGUGGUAGUGGUUUAGUGGCGAAGCAAAAGGACCGUGAAAGGAGGCUAAGCGGUAUGAAGAUUCUGGAGGCGACCUACAGUGAACCUGAUCUGCGAUACGAUGAGGUGAGUGCUCCAAAUCUGCUGGAGGGUGUCCACGACGAUGACGUCACGGAAGAUAGUAAUAGACAAGGCAAACAGAUAAAUCACAACGCAUCGCCGUUCCGCCGCUGGGGCCAAUCCUCGUUGCGAUCCCGCUCGACAGAACAUCGCACCCCGACUAAUGGAUCUGCUCGGCGUCCAUCAUCGUUAGCCGCGUCCGAAAGCGACGUGUACACUAAAUCCAUCGACGAUGACUACAGCUCGACCAAAAGUGGUUACAAUCCGUACACCGGUGGCAGUGGUGGCGUUGAUACACUAUCGACAGAAUGUGCCACUACCGCGACAGGCACGCUGGGAGCUGCGGGAAGUGGUAGUACGGUUACCACAGGUCCGACUGGUGUCGCAUCAUGGGGAACUUCCUUCGAGAAGCUGCUGGAAGAUGCUGGUGGACUCCAUACAUUCUCAGAAUUUCUCAAGAAAGAGUUCUCUGCCGAAAAUAUCUACUUCUGGACGGCGUGCGAACGCUACCGUCAGCUAACCGAGCGUGAAGAGCGAGCACGCGAAGCGCAGGCAAUAUUUGCCCGGCACCUUGAAUCGGGUUGCAGCGAACCGGUCAAUGUGGAUUCGAUCGCACGUAACAUUGCGCUGGAAAACCUUCCCCAGGCGGAGACGACACUGUUCGCGGCCGCCCAGAAGCAGAUAUUCAAUCUGAUGAAGUUUGACAGCUACCAACGCUUCAUCAAGUCGGAUAUGUACCGGGUAUGUCAGGAGGCGGAAGCGAAGGGUCAAGUUUUACCAUACCCUGGUGAACAGUUGGAUCCGAUGUUGCGUACGAGUUCCACGAUGGUGAUCACCAACGGUGCGAAUGCUGCCGGUGUAACCAAGUUAAAGAAGUCGCUCAGCAAUGCCGAAGAUCGUCGGCGAAAAUCAUUGUUGCCGUGGCAUCGGAAGACUCGCUGCAAAUCGAAGGAUCGGGGUGAUUCGGAUGCAUCCAAGAAGGAUAAUGGCAAGACCGGUUCGUCCGGUGCAGGCAGUGGCGAGAAAGGUUCCGGAAUGGCAACAGCGGGCGGAGGUAGUAGUAGCAAUACGUUGAAGCUGCUUUCAACGAAUUCCACUAGUGAUAUACACAGUUCUCGAAGCUCAUUAGCAAGUUUUGAUGCAGCCAUCGGUGGUAAAUCUUACGAUCCGGAUGAUUCACGCAACACGCUCUGUCGGGUGAUCCUUUCCAACGGUGCAACGACCGUCGUGCAGACGCGAUCGAACGAAACGAUCAAGGAGCUGGUAGAACGGUUACUCGAAAAGCGUGGCAUUGUGUACAAUGCUUACGAGGCGUUUCUGGCCGGCGGUACGAAACCGCUUGAUCUGGACGGUCCGUCGGUGAGUUUGUCCGGCAAGGAGGUGAACAUAGAUCAGCGCGUCGUGUUCAAGCUAAACCUUCCGAAUCGCAAAAUGAUAUCGGUCAAGAGCAAGGCAACGAAACCGCUUGCAGACGUGCUGCGACCUAUCCUAUACAAGUACAACUACGAGCUGGACCAGAUGAAGGUGGAAGUACACUCAGCCGUGGACGUUUCUCUCGAUAUGACGCAACCGGUUACCACGGUGGAUGGUUUGUAUUUGUACAUACGUAACGCGAACGAAUCUACCGGUGGCCCGAUACAUCCCGAGCUUGGUCGUCCGUUGGCUGGAGCACGGCCGGUAAUAAAUACGGCCACCCAUCAACAGAUUGUGCACCACUUUCAGCAGCAACAGCAGCAACUUCUGAACAGUCAGCCACCCAGCGCCAGUCAGCACCAACAGCAGCACACCUUUGCUAUCCCGUCCACCAAUCCGCCCUCCUAUGCGGUGGCAACGAACACUAAAAGUCAGCAAUUAUUCGGAAGCGGCACAGCAGCCUCCGCCACGUGCAAUAACAAAGUGAACCAAAAUCAAACGCGUGCCAAGGAACAGACGGAACCGGUGAAGGAUGACCAGCAAGGUACGGCGAGUGGCCGUGGUCAGCAGGAGCUUAACACACUGGAUGAGAUUACGAACAAAGUGUUCAACGAGCUGAUGAACGGUAAAACGGCCAGUAAUGGAACAGUGGGAAAAGGUCCGCCGGAUGUAGACUGUACGUCCGACACGUCCUCGACGCGACGGGAUCGAUUUCGUCGGCGCGGAUCGAAUGCAGCACCCUCGGAAAGUGGCCGAGGUGCAAAGAGUAAAAAAUGUUCCACCGGUGGAUCCGAAGACGGGGGCGAAAGUGUGAACAAUCUGGGCAUCAAAAAGCCAAUCAUUGCUAAAUUGAAAGCGGGUGUUAAGCUGCAGAUACCAACACGGUCACAGAACGAUGAGCUGCUGGAAGGACUUAAACGAGCCCAGCGGAGCCGUCUGGAGGAUCAACGGGGCACGGAAAUAAAUUUUGAGUUGCCCGAUUUUCUUAAAGAUAAGGAAAACUUUUCUACCGCUACGGCGACCCCGCUAGUGAACGCAAGCUCUGGAUCGGCAUCGACGACGGCAGGUCCGUCUAAGCUGUCGCGCAGCAAACCGGCCCGUCGCUCAGAGGCCACCACACCGACCAGUGAGUUUGUGGGAGGAUCGCUACAGCAGAUUAACAAACCCCAACCGGCCCCACGGUUAUCGAUUACCGGUCAAGGUGGUCGACAAAAUCUGUCCGGUCCAGGCUCACCCGUCCAUACGGCGGUUAGCGAUAGUCAUCUGAAUCUGUCCACACAAUGCAACGCAUCACCGCUUCCGCAGGACGAUCCAUUUCACGUUCACAGUGGUAAUGGUGGCCUCCAGGGUGGCGCCGGCGGUGGAGGUUCGCAGUCCGAAACUAGCUAUGCCGACACUACCCUAGUCUUCACCCAUGCCAGACCCUUCAACGGUCAACCGUCAGUGGCUGCAACGCCACGCACCAUCUCAUCUAAUUCCGUUUCGCACCACCUCAGUACCGGUGAUCAUUCCAGCGAUUCUAGCACGGCAGCUGAAGGUGAUCUAACCACCAUCGGUUGCUGUGAGCAUCAUCCGCACGAGAUAUCGCCAGACAGUUCUCCACCGAGUCAUGCCAAUCAUUUGCAUCCGCUUCAUUACCAUUCGGCAGGAACGUCCACCACGAAUGGUAAUGGUGCGGCUACUUGCAACUCAGCUACAGCCAAUCCAUACCCAUUGGUUCAAUAUCCGUCCCAUCAUCAUCAUCAUCUGCAUCCGCAUCAUCAUCCACAUGGGCAGCAUUAUCAUCAUUAUCAUCAUCAUGCUGGAACGCGCUAUCAGACAGCGACACCGGUAUCCAAUGGAUUGGAUGGGCAAACGGGCGCAAGCACGGUUGAUAAUCAAAAGGGGCCUCCACCGUUGCCUCCGAAGCCGAAAAUUCUCCCGAUGAAACCGUCCAACUGGGGCCAUCCUGUUGCUGCCUCGUAUGCACCGGGGCCACUCGGGACUGGCGGUAAUGAUGUGCACGGCGGUCUCACACUAAGCACCAAUGGAAAUACGGGAAAUAGUUUUAGUAGUAAUAGUACCGCCACCGUUAGUGGUGGCCCUAAUUCUUCCAGCACAUUGAGCACCGGCAAUAGUAAUGGUGGCAUUGGAGCAACUGUAGGAAGCAAUGGUACUGUAAGCUUAUUGGCGCACAACGAAGCGUCGGUCGGAAGUCGGGACGGUAAUCGGCGCGUUAGUGGCAGUGCCACGGAUAGUGGCAGUACGACGAUUUCGUCCGCAUCUGCCACGUCCGCGAUCAGUGUCGCCGUGGCGCAAGCUCGCAAUGUAUAUUUCGAUCAAGGGAAUAGUAGUUUUGUGUAGGUUAGUGUAGCGGAUAAAAAAAAGAACCAAAAUCAACCCACGGUUGAUUGGAUUGCUCUGUACCUAUCAUAUUUUGGCAGCGGUAAAACUAAACUAGAGAAAAGAUUUGUGAAGAAAAUAAUUUAUUUCGAAAUUUGAACAGUGUUAGCGCAAUUGAAGGAACGAUUAUAUAGAAUCGGCGUGAUAUGUGGUGUGUGAUGUUAAUGGUUCGCCACGAAAAGGUAUAUGAUUCCUUUGUAAAUAGCCAAAACUAGACUUGGCCGUUAGAAGAAUUAUGACGGCUAAAAGGAUGGAUAACUGAAGGUGGGAUACAAAUAAAUUAUUUAAUUUUGUAACAAA